UUGGCAAUUGUCAUCAGUCAUGACCUAUUUUUUCAUGUCAUUAAGCAAGUUAAAAAAUAAUAAUAAUUAAAAAAAAUCCCACCAAACCUGGAACACCUCGAUGAAUAAAGUGGUAGCAAGCUGUAUCACCCGGGCCAACCGUAAACCAUUUCUGUGUUCACUUGUGACGGUAUCAGUAUGGAUGGGCCCGCCAUAUAUUCACUUUUGUUGUUGGUGGUAGUAAUCAUCCUCAUGUCAUCCUUUGCUUUCCGUCCCCGUCUUUGGAAGCUUCCCGCCAUAGUUCAAACCCUAAGACAGUUGAAUGCUUCUGCUCAGGUGGAGCCAAACUUGAAUUCGAUUGAAGCCGGUCGUCGUCGUCGUCAAAAGCCAAACCUGAGUCUUUGGCGGUAUAAAAGUGAUACAUAUAGCUGUAACUGUGAGAUUAUAAAUCUCGGGCGCUGUGGCAAAGUGAAAGAUGCAAGGAAGCUGUUCGACGAUAUGCCUCAACGAGAUUCUGUCUCUUAUGCGUCCAUGAUCAAUGUUUACUUGAAGAACGAUGAUCUUCCCAAUGCACAGAAGCUCUUUCAGGCCAUGCCCACCAGUAAUAUUGUUGCUGAAUCUGCGAUGGUUAGUGGUUAUGUCAAGGCAGGCCGUAUAGCUGAGGCUCGUCAAGUUUUUGAUCGCAUGGAAAACAGAAAUGUGUAUUCUUGGACCAGUUUGAUAUCCGGGUAUCUCAGUUGCGGACAAGUUGACGAGGCCCGUCGGCUUUUUGGUCGUAUGCCUGUCAAAAAUGUGGUGUCCUGGACUACUAUGAUCCUGGGUUACGCUCGCAACAACUUGAUUGAUGAAGCGCGCCGUGUGUUUAACCUUAUGCCUGAAAGGAACACAGUCUCAUGGACAGUUAUGAUCAAGGCUCUUAUUGAGAAUGAUCAAUUUGAUGACGCACUUAGCCUCUUCAAUGAUAUGCCACAACGGAACCUAUAUUCUUGGAACAUCAUAAUCUUGGGUCUUCUUAAUGCAAAUAGAGCAAGUGAAGCCAUCAAACUCUUCAGUUCAAUGCCUCAGAGGAAUGCAAUUUCUUGGACUACUAUGGUUACGGGGUUGGCACAUAACAAGAUGACUAAACUUGCGAGAGAGUACUUUGAUCGAAUGCCUAACAAAGAUGUAGCUGCCUGGAAUGCUAUGAUUGCAUCAUAUGUUGACGAAGGCCUCAUGGCAGAAGCCGGUGAGCUAUUCAGUUUCAUGCACGAAAGGAAUGUUGUUACUUGGAAUCUGAUGAUUCAUGGUUAUACUAAACGUGGGCCAAAAGAACAAGCCUUAAAGCACCUAAUUCUGAUGCUUCGGUUUUGCUUUAGACCUAAUAGGACUACCAUCGCUAGCAUAUUGAGCUCAUGCGAGGACAUGACGGAGCUAAUGCAAGCUCAUGCACUGGUCCUCUCACAUGGGUUUGAGCAUGACACAGUCGUUGUGAAUACACUAGUCUCUAUGUAUUCCAGAAAUGGGGAUGUUACUUCUGCUAGGUUUGUUUUUGAUCAUCUUGGGGCUAAGGAUGUGGCAUCAUGGAAUGCAAUGAUAUUAGCAUAUUCAAAUCAUGGAUAUGGUCACCAUGCAUUGCAGGUCUUCGCACACAUGUUAAGAUCAGGAGCCAAGCCAGAUGAAAUUACUUUUGUUGGAGUCUUAUCAGCUUGUAGUCAUGCUGGUCUUGUCAACAAAGGUCAAAGGCUUUUCAAUUCAAUGAACCAUGUUUAUGAUAUAGAACCAAAGGCCCAGCACUAUUCCUGCCUUGUGGACAUCUUAGGCCGAGCAGGACUAGUGGAUGAGGCUACGAAGGUAGUACGCAUGAUGCCUGCUUCUGAGAAGGAUGCUGCUGUUCUAGGAGCAUUGCUUGGUGCUUAUAGGUUCCAUGGAAAUAUUCCAAUGGCAAGUCUUAUUGGAGAGGCACUUCAAGAGCUAGAGCCAGGUAGCUCUGGGGGGUAUGUACUCUUAGCAAUAAUUUAUGCUGCACGUGGAAAAUGGGAUGAAUUUGCUCGAGUAAGAAAAAAGAUGAAGGAGAGGAAUGUGAAUAAGGUUCCUGGUUUUAGUCAAAUACAAGUGAAGGGCAGGAAUCAUGUAUUUUUUGUGGGGGACAAAUCUCAUCCUCAAGCUGCUGAGAUUUGGGGACUGCUUCAAGAGAAUCUCCUACCACACAUGUGGGAGAUGGGAUACUCAAAACGGAAUGCAUCUCAGAUGGAUCACCAGAAGAGGAAUUGAAUUAAUUAAUUUUGCCAACCAUGUAAAUUGAGAUGAUGAACAUCAGAAAAGAUUAAAUGUACAAUGUACUCAAAAUAUAAUCAUAUUUUGCUCGUGGUUA